AUGAAAACUUCACAUAACACAUCAUCAUCAUCAUCGUCAUCACUAUCUUCAAUGUUUCUUUCUCCUUUAUCAAGUUUUAUAACAAUAAAAAACGCACAUGAUAUCAUUCCUGCUAUGUCUACCUGUUUAAUAAUAACUAAUGCACAAAUAUUGUACCAAUGUAACUUUGACACUAAUACAAUAACAACUUCAUGUCUUAAGCAAGAAGGAUUGUUUGGAUUGAGUAUUAGUGAGGAAAUAGGAAAUGCUGGUGAACAACCACCUACUGCACCUCUUUCUGAUGUCACAUCCAGUCCUAAACCAACAACUAAUGGUCAAUCAUGUAAUCUACCUUAUAAACUCAAUUCUUUUACUUGGGAUAUGUACUUUUGUAAUGAGGGUUAUUGUCAAACAUCAACAGAUUCAACCUCAAAAUGUUCUGCUGGCAAAUUUGGAUAUUUUGGUUUUGCAGCAGUAAGCAAAGUUAGUUUCACUCUGAAUACUGCUUCAGGUGGUACACCUGGUAUCGGUGAACAAUGUCUCAUCUACUAUUAUUAUUUACCUAAAAUAACAGGAACAGACCUAAGCAUCACAGUACGCAAAGAAGAAGCAGAAGACAAUAGUGAAACAAUUGAUACUGUAACACGUAGUCCAUACAAUGGAUGGAUAAAGCGUCAAGUAUCAUUUCAUACUUCAAAAGCUGGUGAUAAAAUCUACUUUGAUUUUGAGAAAACAUUUGGACCACCUAGUUCUUCUACUAUAAUUGCUAUUGAUGAGAUAUCAGUACAUCAAGACAAUUGUCCUACUAAACCUACUACUCAAAGCACACCAACAAUUUCAGUGGGAACAACAACUUCAAUAACAACAAUGACUGAGCCGGAUAUAACAACAAAUAAUAGUACCGAAACUAUAUCAACUGCACAGACAACUGAUACAACAGUUACGGAGUCAUCAUCAUCAAUGGAGCCCAUCACUACUACUGCAACUGCUACCAUAACUACUACUACGUCAUCAACUACAACUUCUACUACUUCAGCAACUACAACUACUAUUACCUCAACCACUACAACAACUACUGCCUCAACAACUACCACAAUUACCAGUAUCAAUACCAGUACUACUUCAACAACUACUACUGCCUUAACAACUACAUCUGCUACUACAACAACUACCAGUGACAGUACUACUACUUCAACAGCUACAACUACGACUACUUCAACAACUACAACUACGACUACUUCAACAACUACAACUUUUACUGUAAUUACUACUACUAUUGCCGCAACUACUACAACAACUACUGCCUCAACAACUACCACAAUUACCAGUAUCAGUACCGGUACUAUCUCAACAACUACUACUGCCUUAACAACUACCAGUGCCAGUACUACUACUUCAACAACUACCAGUGCCAGUACUACUACUUCAACAACUACCAGUGCCAGUACUACUACUUCAACAACGACAACUACCACUACUUCAACAACUACAACUACAACUACUACUGUAAUUACUACUACUACUGCCGCAACUACUACAACAACUACUGCCUCAACAACUAUUAGUACCAGUACUACUACAUCAACACCUACUACUGUAGUCACCACUACUAUUGCCACAACAUCUACUUCUACACAAACAACAACAACAAUAACAGCAACGAGCACAACUUCAACAACGUCGGCUUCCAUGACCACGACUACCACGAUGCUCACAACUACAACAACAGUUAUGACGAAUCAACCAUCACCUACUACGAUGAUUACCAAUUCCACAUCAAAUGUAACACAAUCAACUACAACAGAUUCAUUAGAAAAUACAACAAAGAAAGAUCCGUCCAAAAGGACACUGAUUAUUGCUUUGGCUACUGGAAUACCGGCUGCGUUGAUUAUAGUUGUCAUUAUUGGUGUGUGGAUAAAAAGAUCAGCGAUUAGCGGCCUCCUUAGCGGUGUUUCACAUCCAUUUAGUGACAUAUAUGAUCAAAGUGAAACGACUGUUCUUGAACUCAGUGAUUUACAAGACGAUCAUACCUUUUAA